UCCUUAAACCCUAAAAACCUCCCCCUCUCUCUUUCUCUUCAAUCCGAGAAAAUGAACUCCUCAUCCAUUUUACUUCGAAAACGUUCGAAACUUUUGUCUAGUUUCCUCCACAAUCUCAUCUUUAUCCGGUCUAUGGGCGGCGGGCCAAGGACCUUCCCGGGCGGCCUCAACAAGUGGCAAUGGAAACGCCUCCACGAGAAAAAAGCCAGAGAAAAAGAGAACAAACUACUCGACCAAGAAAAACAACUCUACCAAGCCCGAAUUCGGUCGCAAAUCCGGGCAAAACUCGCCGGCAGUGAAAAACCCAUAUCCGGCCGACGACAAUCGGACCCAAAUCAGCCGAAUUACAGUCCAUUAUCUCCCCAAGAGCACAUCAAAGCUCUCGCCGAUCGGUUCAUGAAGGAAGGAGCUGAAGAUUUGUGGAACGAAGCCGAUGGCCCUAUAAAAACUCCACCACAUCAGCCUUCUGUAAGAAGCCGAUUAACUGAUGAGCCAAUUGAUUUGCCAAAAUUAUUUUUGGAUAAUCGUGGAAAAGCAAAUUCGAUGAAUUUGAAUGACAGGUCAAAACCUAGGAACUAUUCGACCGAUGCAAGGAGUCAAAUGUGGUCGAAGUUUAAUUCAACAAGUACUUGUCGGAGUCCAAUUUCAACAGAUUUUGGUAACCAUUUGAAAUUUAUGAAUUAUUUAGCUGGUACGCUAGGUGAAAUGAGGUUGGGAAUUGAUUUUAUGGGCCAUUGUGAGAGUAGAAUUUCGUUGUAUUCGAAUGAUGGGAUCAAGUGUAGGAAUUAUUCGGUGGAUACCCGCAUUAAAAAGAGGUCAUCCAGGUUUAAUUUUAGGAGAAAUGAGAGCUCUGAAAGUGAGGAUGAUUCCGAAUUAGAGAGUGAGGUUGAUGGGAAUGAGAGGUGGCCAAGGUUUGGCUUGGGUGGGAUCACUUCGUUGGAUGAUAGUAAUGACGAGGAGGAAAUUAGGGGUAGGGAUAAUGCAAAGAGGAUGAUGAGUAGUGCAGCAUUGGGGAAGCAUGAUAAGAGGAUAACUAAGAGGGUGCCAUUGAAGUGUUUGGAAGAGGAGGAUGAUUUAUCACAGCAUGUUGAGGUGAUUCGAAAGGAGGUUAGUAAGAGGAGUUUAACAGAAAAUGUAGGGGAAAGGGGUGACGAGGAAUCCAUUCUUAGUCAAAGAAGGUUUGAUGAAUGUAAUAUAUCUCAUUUGACAGUGAAGGCACUCCAUGCAGCAGGGUAUGUGCAAAUGACCAGGGUACAAGAGGCUACACUUUCUGCUUGUCUUGAGGGCAAGGAUGCUUUAGUUAAAGCUAAAACUGGCACUGGCAAAAGUGCUGCUUUUUUGCUUCCUGCAAUUGAAACAGUUCUGAAGGCUUCAAGUGGUAACUCAGUUCAACGGGUGUCACCAAUAUAUGUUCUUAUUCUUUGCCCCACAAGAGAACUUGCAAGUCAGAUAGCCGCAGAAGCAAAUGUUUUGCUGAAGUACCACGAUGGUAUUGGCGUGCAAACACUAGUUGGAGGUACACGAUUCAAAGUUGAUCAAAGACGCCUAGAAUCAGAUCCAUGCCAGAUCAUAGUUGCAACUCCAGGUAGAUUAUUGGAUCACAUUGAGAACAAGUCUGGCUUCUCUGUGCAUUUGAUGGGAUUAAAAAUGCUUAUCCUUGAUGAAGCAGACCACUUGCUAGACCUUGGAUUUCGGAAGGAUAUGGAGAAAAUUGUUGAUUGUUUGCCCCGUCAAAGGCAGUCUUUACUUCUUUCUGCCACACUGCCGAAGGAGGUUCGCCGAAUAUCUCAGCUUGUUUUGAAAAGGGAACAUCUGUAUAUUGAUACAGUAGGGAUGGGUUGUCUGGAAACUCAUGCUAAGGUUAUGCAGUCAUAUCUUGUAGCACCACACGGACUGCAUUUGCAAAUAGUGUACAAUAUUCUAAAGAAUCAUAUCUCACAAGUACUUGAUUACAAGGUCAUAGUUUUCUGCACAACGGGAAUGAUGACAUCCCUCAUGUUUUCCCUUUUCCGAGAUAUGAAAAUGAAUGUUCGAGAGAUACAUUCUAGAAAAACUCAACUCUAUCGAACUCGUGUCUCUGAUGAAUUCAGGGAAUCAAAACGAUUGGUUCUUAUUACUUCUGAUGUUUCUGCUCGUGGAAUGAAUUAUCCUGAUGUCACUUUGGUCAUUCAGGUGGGUCUUCCUUGUGAUCGGGAACAGUACAUACAUCGUCUCGGAAGGACAGGCCGGGAAGGCAAAGAAGGAGAAGGCAUCUUGUUGCUCGCACCAUGGGAAGAAUAUUUCAUGGAUGAAAUAAAAGACCUCCCUAUUGAGAAAUUCCCUUUACCGCAUUUGGAUCCUGAUGUGAAAGUAAAGAUGGAGGAUGCAAUGACAAAGAUUGAUACUAGUGUCAAAGAAUCAGCUUAUCAUGCUUGGCUUGGCUAUUAUAACUCGGUCAGGGAAAUAGGCAGAGACAAAACCAUGCUUGUUCAGCAAGCCAACCAAUUUUGUGAGUCAAUUGGCUUACAGAGACCUCCUGCACUCUUCAGGAAAACAGCACUGAAAAUGGGCUUGAAAGACAUCCCUGGCAUUCGAAUUCGAAAGUAGCACAGGUUACAAAUCCAUCAAUUGUCUUCAUGAAAGAGAAGGUUUUACAUGUUUCACGAGAGGAAGUGGCGCCAACAAUCACCCAUUGAUGAUUUCAGAAUUUCAAUGAUGAACUGGUCUUACUGUUGUUUUGUGCAACCUCAGGCAUGGUAUUUUUUUUUCUUUUUCCCUUUUUUUUUUUAAACUUUUUAUUGGUGCAUUGAUAAAUUUUGUAUACCUAUGUUUCACAAUAU